UGUGUGUCGCGCAGUGGCUCUCCUCUUCCCGCUCUGGUGUCUAUGGGGGGGAAAGCUACGUUUCCUUGCCGUCCCAGCUUAACCCUUCCGGCGCCUAACCGGACAGCAGGCCCCGGUCUCCGGGAUUUGGAAGACCUCUCCGCAGUCGGCGGGCCCUGGUAACGCAACCCCAAGGGUAUAAAGGUAGACAAUUACAGCAGGAGACACAAGCUUCGGGCUCUGGAGUCGGGCUUGGCGGGGGCGCGGCAGAAGCGCUGGCUUUAAGAAGGGGGAGGGGACAGUGUAAUCCGGUCGCCCGCGGAGUUCGGCAAAGGAAAUCUCCGGCUAGCUCCGGCGCUUGGAGCGAGGUAGAGAAGCGGCUCCCAAACCCAGCACUCACUCCCCGCCUACUCCCUGGGCGGGCCGAAGUGUCACGUUUGCAGCUGCCCAGGAAGGAUCCGGACGGACGGUCUCUGGAAGCGAGCUGGGGCUGUGGUUUCUCGCUGCCUAACCCGGAGGCGAUGCCUAGGGGGCAUGCUACUUGCUAGGCGUCACUCCGCCGGGCUCCGACUGCCUUAGCUCUCUCUGUCACCUGAAGCAGCCUUACGGUCGCCGUUUCCUUGAACACACCCGCCAGAGCUCCUCUUGGAGACCCAUUGAAACAGAAGUAUGGGGCAUCCUCCGCUGGAGUUCAGCGACUGCUACUUGGACAGCCCCGAUUUCCGCGAGAGGCUCAAGUGUUAUGAGCAGGAGCUGGAGAGGACCAAUAAAUUCAUCAAAGACGUGAUCAAAGACGGCAAUGCGCUUAUCAGCGCUAUGAGAAAUUAUUCCUCUGCGGUGCAGAAGUUUUCCCAGACACUGCAAUCCUUUCAGUUCGAUUUCAUCGGAGACACUCUGACAGAUGAUGAGAUUAACAUCGCUGAAUCCUUCAAGGAAUUUGCUGAGUUACUCAAUGAAGUGGAAAACGAGAGGAUGAUGAUGGUACAAAAUGCUAGUGAUUUGCUGAUUAAACCCUUGGAAAAUUUCCGUAAGGAGCAGAUAGGCUUCACAAAGGAGCGGAAAAAGAAAUUUGAAAAGGAUGGGGAAAGGUUUUAUUCUUUGCUGGACCGGCACUUACACCUGUCGUCUAAAAAGAAAGAAUCUCAGUUACAAGAGGCAGACCUCCAGGUGGACAAGGAGAGGCACAACUUCUUUGAGUCCUCCCUCGAUUAUGUUUAUCAAAUCCAAGAAGUUCAAGAGUCCAAGAAGUUCAAUAUUGUGGAGCCAGUUUUGGCCUUUCUUCACAGCCUCUUCAUUUCUAACAGCCUGACUGUGGAGCUCACUCAGGACUUCCUCCCGUACAAACAGCAGCUGCAGCUCAGCUUGCAGAAUACAAGAAAUCAUUUCUCCAGUACCCGGGAAGAGAUGGAGGAGCUGAAGAAAAGGAUGAAAGAAGCGCCCCAGACAUGCAAGCUUCCAGGACAGCCAACCAUUGAAGGCUAUCUAUAUACACAAGAGAAAUGGGCAUUGGGAAUAUCCUGGGUGAAAUACUAUUGUCGAUAUGAGAAGGAGACCAAAACCCUUACCAUGACGCCUAUGGAACAGAAGCCGGGUGCUAAGCAGGGACCCUUGGACUUAACCUUGAAGUACUGUGUGAGAAGGAAGACGGAGUCUAUCGACAAGAGAUUCUGUUUUGAUAUAGAAACGAACGAAAGACCAGGAACCAUCACUCUCCAGGCCCUUUCAGAAGCCAACAGAAGGCUAUGGAUGGAAGCCAUGGAUGGGAAAGAACCUAUUUACCACAGCCCCAUAACGAAACAGGAAGAAAUGGAGCUGAAUGAAGUAGGCUUCAAGUUUGUUAGGAAGUGCAUCAAUAUCAUUGAGUCCAAAGGGAUCAAGACAGAGGGCUUGUACCGCACUGUGGGUAGCAACAUUCAGGUUCAGAAGCUGCUGAACGCCUUUUUUGAUCCCAAGUGCCCAGGAGAUGUUGAUUUUUAUAACAGUGACUGGGACAUUAAGACAAUCACCAGCUCUUUAAAAUUCUACCUCAGGAAUCUUUCGGAACCUGUCAUGACCUAUAGGCUUCACAAAGAACUGGUCUCUGCUGCCAAGUCGGACAACCUGGAUUACCGGCUGGGAGCCAUUCACUCCCUGGUAUAUAAGCUACCAGAAAAGAACCGAGAGAUGCUGGAACUUCUCAUAAGACAUUUGGUCAAUGUGUGUGAGCACAGCAAAGAGAAUCUUAUGACUCCCUCCAACAUGGGAGUGAUCUUUGGGCCUACCUUGAUGAGAGCUCAGGAGGACACUGUGGCCGCCAUGAUGAACAUCAAGUUCCAGAACAUUGUGGUGGAAAUUCUAAUCGAGCACUUUGGAAAGAUCUACUUAGGUCCACCUGAGGAAAGUGCUGCACCCCCAGUGCCUCCACCUCGAGUGACAGCAAGAAGGCACAAACCAAUCACAAUUUCAAAGCGCUUGCUGCGGGAAAGGACCGUGUUCUAUACUUCUUCCCUGGAUGAAAGUGAAGAUGAAAUCCAACAUCAAACACCCAAUGGUACAAUCAGCAGUAGUCAAGAGCCCCCCAAGCUGCCACAACCCCUCAGACCACUGACUCAGAAGAGUGGCGAAGCUGAGCCUGGGUGGAAAUCUCCAAACAAGCCUCUUUCUGAUGGUAAAUUGGAGCCUUGUCCCGAGGUGGAUGUAGGGAGAAUGGUGUCUCGACUACAAGAUGGAGGGACCAAGACUACACCGAAGGCCACCAAUGGGCCUGUGCCAGCCUGUGGACCCACCAAGACCCCCUCUUUCCAGAUAAAGAGACCUCCUCCCCGACCCCUGACACAACAAAAGGAGGGGGAUGCUGACAGUUUCAGCAAAAUGCGGCCUCCCAUAGAAAAGCAAACCAUCAUCCGACCCCCAGUGAGGCCCCCAGACCCUCCCUGCCGGGCAGCUAUUCCCCAAAAGCCAGAAACAAAGCCAGAUGUGGUAGCUGGCAAUGCGGGGGAAAUUCCAUCAUCCGUGGUGGCUUCCAGGACCAGGUUCUUUGAAACAGCUUCCCGGAAAACAGGAAGUUCUCAAGGCAGAGUUCCUGGAGAUGAGAGUUGAGGCCGCAGGUUGUAAAAGCCUUGGCCUCAGGGGACCCUUUCGAGAUCCUGAAAGUGUCUUCUCCCUACCCUGGUGUGCUGAGUCCUUUUGUGCUGAAGAGCAGCUCCUUCCUGGUCCUGCACGGUCAGGCUCUAGGAAGCCAUAAAACAAGGGGCACAUGUCAUAGACAUGUGCUUAUUUCUCCUUUGUGUUCUGUCUUCAUGUCCUCAGAAGGUUCAUCUUGAGUUCCUGCAACACUGUGAAUGAUGGCACUCCCUCAGGCCUGCCGAAACCAAGAUGCCCACUGACCUGAGUCGAAGAGAAGACCCCAAUUUUCAACUCUUGCCUGAUUUUCUUGCUUCUUCAAAGGGCCAUCAGACGCUGGCAGAUUUGGGACUAAAUCACAGUUGGUGCCAGGGGUCUUAUUCUGAACUAAAGGCCACUCAAGUUAGGGCUGUUGCUUCUCUUGGAUGGAGGGGAGUAAGGAUGUUUGCUGAUUAUUGGAGAAUUUUAACAUACCCCUUACUAAGGAUUUGGACAGUGAUGCCAGGUUGGCCCUCUGCUACUACAGUAUGUUGUGAAGAGCCAGUUUGUUUCUAUGAGGUGGGACAGCAUGGUUGAUGCCCCACUACUCUCCAUAUGGACCUAGCAAGAUGGCCUUCCUGCUCCUGCAUACAACCGCUUAGGACAAAUUUGCAAAGCAUGAUUUGCAUGUCACAGCCUAGGACUAUCUGGAUUAUUCUCCUGUUUUCACCUGAAGGAGUCCAAGGAAUCAAGGGGAAAAAAAACUGCCAGCAUUGCUUUUAAAAAUGGAGACUGUGCUUGUCCUGUAAGAAUUCCAUAAUUGUGUCAAAAUUGUUUAGAUGCAUUGAAGCAAAGAACCUGUCAUUGUUGCUUCACUUUUGACUUCUGAAGAUAAGUUCUUUGAUCUCCCAAAAGAAGCCCUUCUUAACCCAGUGUCCAUAGAUUCAGAGAUUCCACAGUGCCCCUCAGAUGGUAUACAGAAUUCCAUGAUACUAUGCUUUUUUGGGGGAGAUGAUCGGUAACAUUCUAGUGAAUUUCAAAUGGGCUUGUGACCCAAUAAAGCUUAAGAACCACAGCCCUUCAAAUAUGACUCUUUGUAUGUUCCAUGAAGUAUUAGAUUGGACAGACCUUAAAAAUAAUUUAGUCUAUCUACUGUAUAGUCUUGGAAACUGAUUGAUCACACCAAGACAGGGCCCCGGGUCCUUGGAUGUCUGUAUGAGGGUCUUUCAUUCCACUACACUAAUCUAGCAAAGGGCUUUCUGGCUAGUAGCUUUAGAGCCCAUCAUUCUUGAAAGUUUCUCUUUUGCCCUCUUUUCUCGAGUGCUACAUAUUUGCAACCAAGUGGUGAAUGCAGGCAUAAGCCCCUGAUAGGUAAGAAAUCUGAGUAGUAGACAUUUCUAAUUACUUUGUGGGAAAAGGAAGCUUCUGGGAACAGUGUCAGUUCCCUUGUUCCCACGCAGAUGACUGGGAAUCACAGCCUGCCUUCAGAGUCUGGGUAAUCCAGUUGUUUCCCAGUAGGAAAGAAGGGCUUUCCCCAACUUGCACUCAUUAUAGCAAGGUCCUACAAGUGCAGUGAGUGUAGUACUGAGAAAAAAAAAUAUACGGAGAAAAAGAGAGAGUGAGCGAGAUCACAUACCUUAUGCUCAAACCAACUCUGUGAUGCCUUACAAGCAAUGAAACCAAGACUGUACUCACUUCCAAGAUGGAACUCCAGACAUUGUAUCUUGAUUAAUUAGUGACAUAUCUGCCAAAUAUACUGGGAGCCUUUGUGAAAACAAUUGAAUGGAAACCUGAUGCUAUUCUAAAUCAAGACAUGCCCAGGUGGCCACAUUGAAUUCUCUUCAUUUUAUCCAGUCUCAAAGGCUUAGUUGCUAAGAAACCAGCAGCCAGAGAGGCAAAAGUGCACCUGCUGCUGUCCCGAAAGGUAGUCUCUUGGGAAGCUUAUUGAGCUCUGGUCUCAGAGCUGUGGUCUUCUUGCUCUCUCCUGCUGCAUGUAUCACUAAAGCUGGUAGGUAUGCGGAAUUUCACCAUAGGAACAGUUUCCAAAGAGGCCACAGUACCUUUUAAAGGUGGUGGAGGCAUGGUUUCACAUUGGAUUCCUUUAGAAAAACUACCAUCAUCACUACUACAAAAGUUGAAAGUGUAUUGGGAGCUGGAGAAAUCCACUGUGAUCUGAGUGGAAUUGUUAUACAGAAACAUAGUGUGAGAGUGCUGAGAGUGGCCUGGGACACGAGAGACUAGCUUGGAGAGUUGGGACCACCUCUGAUGGGGACUAGGAAACUCUGCCUGUGCUUGGUUAUACACAAAGAAUGCCAAGAGUGAAACUUUGACAUUCUGAUUUAAAGAACAUUGUAGGGCCCGGCACGGUAGCCUAGCAGCUGAAGUCCUUACUUUGAAUGUGCCAGGAUCCCAUAUGGUCGCUGGUUCUAAUCCCAGUGACCCCGCUUCCUAUCUAGUUCCCUGCCUGUGGCCUGGGAAAGUAAUCAAGGACGGCCCAAAGCCUUGGGACCCUGCACGCUUGUGGGAGACCCAGAAGAAGCUCCAGGCUCCUAGCUUCGGAUUGGCACAACUCCAGCCGUUGUAGCCACUUGAGAGGUGAAUCAACGGAUGGAAGAUCUUUUUCUCUGUCUCUCCUCCUCUCUGUAUAUCUGAUUUCCAA